AAAUCUCAUUGUCUUAUGUUAAACCCAAACCAAAUAUCAACUCAAGAGGGAGAGAGUCUGAGGAACAGAGCUCAUGAGGUUCUUAAGAUAAGAAGAAGAAGAAAGAAGAUGCAACUCCUUCAACAACCAUGUCCACACCUCUCUACUACUACUUUCGAUUUUGUUCACAACUCACUGGAAACCUUAACUUUUCGUGGUUUUUCCAAAUACCCAGUUCCCAAAACCUCAUCUUUUUCGAUUACAAGCUCAGUUUUUUCUAGGAAAGUUCCAAUUUUGAGAAGCACCCACUUGAGUUUUUGCUCUAGAAACGAUGUUUUUGAUGGUUUCUCGAGUACCCAGUUGUCUAAUAAUAAGCCAGAAGAAGAGGAUAAAGCUAGAGACAGUGGAGAUUAUAGCUUGCUUGAUAAACCAUCUCCAUUGGUUAGAGAAGAUGAUAGUGAUGAUAAUGAGUCUACUUCAGAAGAAAGUGUUGUAAAAGUUGAUAAAGAUGAGGCCUUGGCGCCUUUUUUGAAGUUUUUCACAACAGAUGGAGUGGACAAAAUGACAGAAAAUGAAGAUGAAAUGGGAGUUUCUAAGGAAAGAAAUGAGUUGGAUUAUGAGGAUGAGGAUGGGCUAGAGGAGGAGGAAAAGAAUGAAGAGAAAAAGGUUAAUAUUUCUUAUUAUGAGCCUAAAGCUGGUGACUUUGUGGUUGGAGUUGUUGUUUCUGGGAAUGAGAAUAAGCUUGAUGUGAAUAUUGGGGCAGAUUUUUUGGGUACAAUGUUGACUAAGGAGGUGAUGCCUUUGUAUGAUAAAGAGAUGGAAUAUUUGUUGUGUGAUCCUAAUUGUGAUGCUGAGGAGUUUUUUGUUAGUGGGAAAAUGGGAAUUGUGAAAUAUGAUGAAGCUAAUGAAAGACCAACACCAUGGAAACCAGUUGUUGAAGUUGGUACUAUUUUGUUUGCUGAGGUUCUUGGAAGAACACUUAGUGGUCGCCCAUUGAUCUCAACUAGAAGACUCUUUCGCCGGAUGGCUUGGCACAGAGUGAGGCAGAUAAAACAACUGAAUGAACCUGUAGAAGUUAAAAUCACAGAGUGGAAUACUGGAGGCCUUCUAACAAGAAUUGAGGGUUUGAGAGGUUUUAUUCCCAAAGCUGAAUUAGUAAAUAGAAUAAACAACUUUGGUGACUUGAAAGAAAAAGUGGGACAACGGCUUCAUGUGCUCGUUUCUCGAAUAAAUGAAUCCAAUAAUGAUCUGAUACUAAGUGAGAAGGAAGCUUGGCGAAUGUUAUACCUUCGGGAGGGAACCCUUUUGGAAGGGACCGUUGAGAAAAUUUUCCCAUUUGGAGCUCAAAUAAGUAUAGGUCAUACUAACAGAAGGGGCUUGCUGCAUAUUUCAAACAUAAGCCAGAAACAAAUCACGACAGUCAGUGAGUUACUCGCCGUUGGUGAAAAGGUUAAAGUUAUGGUGGUGAAGUCAAUGUUUCCAGACAAAAUAUCUCUCAGUACCGCUGAGCUCGAGAGUGAACCUGGCCUCUUUAUAACAAACAAAGAGAGGGUGUUUUCUGAGGCUGCAAUGAUGGCAAAGAAGUACAGAGAAAAACUACCUCCUUAUAUAGCUGCAGGUGAAUUCGAACCACUUACAAAUGACACUUUAUUUUUCGAAAAUGAAGAGAAGAUGUAUGCAAAUUGGAACUGGUUCAAAUUUGAAAGGGAUUGAGAUUGAAUUAGCACUCAAGGUUGACACUUUUUCACAUUGUGAACAUAAAGAAGAAGAAAAAGAAAAAUGGGAUAGUCGUCUUUUAGAUCGAAUUAUCCAAGCGUAUAAAUUAGUUUGUUCACUUGAAAAUUACAGGCAGAAACCAUGAGAAUCCAAGAAAACCACAGCCUAGAAUUUUGAUUAUCUUAUCUUACUGAAAAAUGUGUAGUGAUAAUUUUGUUUGUUAGCUAAUUUAGAUAGGUUGGUUUUAAAAAAAGAUUUUGUUCGAUGCUUGUGUUGCGGUGGACCGACGAGUUCUUCUGGUGAAUGGAAAACCAAAAUCAUGUAGCAUAAUUAAUCCUUGAAUUUGAAUUAGUAACAUCUGAUUACACAUUGUUAAAUUUUGUAACAAAGUUUUGAUAAUUUUGCCCUUUCAAUUUGUAAUAUAUUGAACUUGUCAUA